AUGACGACCCAAUCGAGCACGGAUCCUCAAUCUCAGCCGUCUCGCGACUUUUUCGCUUCCUCACCCUCGGCGACUCCUUCUUCGCCGAUCAAGAAAGCAUCUCAAGCUGCGAUUCAGCCAGCCGGCCUGGCAUCGCCAUCACAUGUCACAGCAAGCGGCACUCACGCCAAAGAUCACCUCUGGGAGCAGCAUCAAUCGAUCUCACGCACAGCUGCACAGCAAGAUGAUGAUGCACUUGAAGAUUUCAGCAUCGUAGGGUCGACUAGUGCUUCGGCUGCUGCUGCUGCGGCGGCGAGUGGAUCUCCUGCACGCAGACAUCAGCCGCGUCGAGCGGCGGCCCAAAAUUCCAAGCCUCUCUUUCUGGCACAGGACGACGACGAUGUCGCGGACUGGCAAAUGGCCGACGAAGAGGACGGCGGUGAUUUCUUCUCCACACAGGCCAUCGACAAGAAGGUCACUUCCAAGACUCGAGCCAAGGUCACCAGCGAUGACGAAGAGUUCAAGCCAAGCGCAGAGGUUUCAAAUCAAGCAUCUUCUCCGCCAGAGCCACCCCGCAAAAGGUCGCCUCAGCCCGAUGCUGGCCAAGCAUUGAACGGGUCUGUCAAAAAGCUGAAACGGACAUCGCCAUCUCCCUCUGCGAUUGCUGCAACUAAGAUACAGCCCAUCCGUCGCUCACCAACACCCGAUCCGCGUCUUCGCCACGAUGCAUUUGAGCGUCGUUACCUCGGCACGUUCGUACUCUCAGCAUGGUCCCUCUCCAAAGGCUCAUCUUACGUCAAGCCUGGAGACGGCGUCCGCAUCUUUCGUCCUCGCAAGAAGCAACCUGCCGCUGACACAACCAAAUCCACAUCAAAGCUGACCAAUGGAGGAGUCAAGAAGGGCAAGCAGACCACGCUCAAUUUUGGCGGCGCUGCAGGUGGCUCAGGCAGCUUCUUCGGCUCCAAGCAAAAAUCCAAAGACAAGGAAGACUUUAUUGUGCGCUUCAGCAAUAUGCGCGGGUUCGAGGUCGGUCGUCUGCCUCUUGAGGUGGCCACAUGGAUGUCCAAGCUCAUCGACACAGGCAUCGCCGAAUUCGAAGGAGUAGUUGUCGAUUGCCCGCCCUCGCUCACCGUGGGAUGCGACAUCAUACUGCAGGUGAAAGCAUACAUCAAAUUCGAUGCCUUUUUCUUGUCUUUGAUGGGCGGUCGCGAAUUCGAAGAGCAGAACGACGGGCUGCGGCCAGAGACGGCCGAAUCCGAUCUCGAAAAGGUAUUGCGGGAGCGAAAGAUCAGCCUUCUUCGCAUGUUUCGCGUGUGCGAUCUCAAGCCGAGCCUCAGCAACUCAAUCCUCAAAUCGCACAAGGUGAGCGACGAUUUCUCGAGCGAGGCGAUGCUCGAUCAGUUCGGCGGCGACAUUGAAGGUGCCGCCAAGCAUGUUGGUGGAGAUGCGGCGCCGUCGACCGAGGCUGGCAGAGAGUUGCCUCACGCCGGCGGGGACGCUGCUUCCACCGCGAUCGUUCUCGAUGGCGAUGCGGAUGCUGCUGCCGAGGGUGGGUCUGCGGAGCAGUUGCAAAGUGCAAAGCAACAGACAGAUGGCGAUGCCGAUGCAGAGGAAAAUGAUGGUACUGAGCUCGACCUCAAUCAGCUUGACGAGGUCUAUCGCAAGGCGCAGGCGAAUGAUGCGCAUCUGCCGGAAGUUGAGCCGCCCGAAUCGUUCCUUCUCACUUUGCGCCCUUACCAGAAGCAGGCGCUCGGAUGGAUGAAGAACAUGGAAAAGGCGCCCGGGCAGACAUCGUCCAGCCAAGAGGACGGCUCGACACAGCAGAAUGGUAACUCUAGCGAGCGGAACCUCUCGCUGCACCCCUUGUGGGAAGAGUACGAAUUUCCGCUGGACUAUGACAAUCCACAGGCCAACGAGCGCUUGGUGCUCAGCCACACACGCAUGUUCUACUUCAACCCAUACACAGGCGAUCUCAGCCUGGACUUCCAGCGUGCUAGCAAGGGCUCGCGCGGCGGAAUCUUGGCCGACGAAAUGGGUCUUGGCAAGACGAUCAUGGUGGCGAGCCUGCUUCAUGCCAAUCGCACAUCCGAACCAGGAGAGGAGAGUGAAGGCGAGGAUGACGUCGUGAUGGAUGUGGGUGAAGACGGAAGCUUGACGAAGCGGAAGAGCUCGGCCAAGCAGACCUCGCUUGCGUCUGCGUUCGCAGCUUCGACUUCGAGCGUAGACCAGCGCAGGGCGCUUCUCAAGGCAUCUGUAUCGAAAGGCAAGGCGUCCUUGGUUGUUGCGCCGAUGAGUCUCAUAGGUCAGUGGCGAGACGAGCUCAUCCGUGCUUCUGCUCCUGGCUCGCUCACACCUGUUCUCUACUACGCCGACACGAAAGGCGAUCUACUGGCACAGCUCGAAUCGGGCAAAGUGGAUGUCGUCAUCACAUCCUACGGCACACUCGUCACCGAAUACCGUCGUUUCCUCGACGGCGGAGGUGCUGCAAAUCGACACUUGUCGACCACAGCUCCGCUGUACUGUAUCGAUUGGCUGCGAGUCAUCCUCGACGAAGCGCACAACAUCAAGAACCGUUCCACCAUGAACGCUCGUGCCUGCUGCGAUCUCGUCUCCCGUCGUCGGUGGGCUCUCACGGGUACUCCGAUCAUCAACCGUCUCACCGACCUGUUCAGCCUGCUCAAGUUCCUGAGGGUCGAACCGUGGGGCGACUUCAGCUUCUUCAACUCGUUCGUCUGCAAGCCGUUCCAGGCCAAGUCCACAAAGGCGUUGGAUGUGGUUCAGGUCAUCUUGGAAUCGGUGUUGUUGAGAAGGGAGAAGAGGAUGAAGGAUAAGGAUGGAAAGCCGAUUGUCGAGCUGCCGCCGAAGAGGGUCGAGAUGAGGGAGCUGGAAUUCACGGACUUGGAGAGGAGGAUUUACGAGAACGUGUAUAGGAAGGCGUAUUUGCAGUUUGCGAGUCUGAAGGCGAACGGUACGGUGACGAGGAACUUCUCGGUAAUCUUCAGCGUGCUGAUGCGGCUGAGGCAGGCGGUUUGUCAUCCGAGCUUGGUGUUGAAGGCAGGUGGGAGGGGCAAGAGCGGUAGCGGUAAGAAUGGGGCCAGUGCGGCGAAAGAAUCUGGCAUGCAGGGUGAGAUAGAUGAUGAUGCGGAUGCUGCAGAGUUUGGGGCCGACAUCGAGGACGGAGGUGAUAGCACGCCAAACACCGAGGAUCUGCGCGAGCUUGUCGCCGAGUUUCAAUCAUCGACCGAUGACAACGGCGACGCUACGGAUGAAUCGACGGUCAGCUAUUCGAAAGCUACCGUGGACAGAUUGAUCCGCGAGAUGCAAGGCGACAGUGCUGCGGAACCUUCCGCCGACUCGGGCUUGGAACACGAAUGCCCGAUCUGCUUCGAGGAUCCGCAAGUCUCGGCUUGCUACUUGCCACGCUGCAUGCACAGUGCUUGCAAGACGUGUUUGGUCGACUAUCUUCGCCAGUGUAAGGAGAAAGGCGAGGAAGCUGCGUGUCCGACGUGCAGGGUUGGUCCUGUGAAAGAGACGGAUCUGAUCGAAGCGAUCCGAACGAGACCAGCUACACCACCGGGCAGCGGCACGGCUUCACCCACCAACGGUCACUCGACAUCCACAAACAGCCUGGGCGGCAUACCUUCGACGAUCUACGUACGCAACAACCUGCGCACAUCGACAAAGGUGUCUGCGCUCAUCUCGCACCUCAACACGAUUCGUGCAACCGAGGGAGCGUUCAAGGGAGUCAUUUUUUCGCAGUUCACCUCGUUCCUCGAUCUGAUCGAGCCGGUUCUCACACGCUAUCGAUUCCGAUUCCUACGACUGGAUGGUUCGACACCGCAAAAGGUGCGCGAAAAGCUUCUGGUCGAAUUCCAAUCUCCGUCUGGCAGCGACGAAGUGGUUCUCUUCUUGAUCUCGCUCAAAGCAGGAGGUGUCGGGUUGAAUUUGACGGCAGCGAACAAGAUCUGGUUGUUGGACUUUUGGUGGAACUCGAGCAUCGAGAACCAGGCGAUCGAUAGGAUUCACAGGUUGGGUCAGACCAAGGAAGUCAGCGUCUUUCGGUAUCUGGUCAAGGACUCGAUCGAGAACAGGAUCUUGCUGAUCCAGAAGCGCAAGGAGAUGCUGAUCAAGCAUGCGUUCAAGGUGAAAGGCGAGGACGGCGAGAAGGGCAAAGGUUCAAGCGAGACGCUGGAGAAUUUGGAGUUGUUGUUCGGCGAGUAG